AUGCUGCGCCGCCUUUGCACCCCCAAGCCUGCCAGUGGUAAGCUUGAGGUUAGCCAGGAGAUUUACCGACAGUGGAAGUGUGGUGGUGUUCAGCGACGGGCUUUGCUGGACACACUCAUCGCAUCAGGUGGUGACAAGGAUGCCUUCAAAAAGAAGAUCGAGCACCUGCAGAAGCGAACCCGGAAGAACAAGUUUCAUGUUGAACGAGGCUUCUACACAAAAGAGGCCAUGGCAAAGGAACUCAAAUGGAGCAAGUUG